GAGCUAUCGAUAGUCCCGCAGCUCUAGUGGCUUAGUGCCGUUGAAAAUUGUUGUACACAGUCAAGAUAUUGAUUUUUGCGAGCCGAGAGGAAAACGCGACCCCAGAACCCCCGCCCCCUGCCCGUGACGAGUAGUAGUAGUAACGACUCACGGUCCUUCAAACAUUACGCAGCCCAAGGUUCUGGAAAAAAUCGAAGAUUACGAGCAGAGCAACAAAAAAGGGGCAGAACGUGCAGAGCAAGCGAAGCGAGUGAAAGUGCCCGCAGUUCCGCAGUCAGCAAAAGUAGAACUCAAACUCGAACUCCACAUCGGGCUACAGUUCUUUAAGCCAAUCCGAGUUUCCUGACUCGCAGCCUCCCCUGAGCAGUUGAGGAAAAUAGGAAAAGAACCCCCGAAGGGAGAACCCCCCGCGGAGAAGGAACGGAGAAAAGUGCAGUCCGCCAACUGCGUCGAGUGCCCCAGACCCAAUUUAACCAGAGGAAAAGCAAAAGAGACAGCAGCAGCCAUGGCUUUCGCCGGACUCAAAAAGCAGAUCAACAAGGCCAACCAGUACAUGACGGAGAAGAUGGGAGGUGCCGAGGGCACCAAACUGGACAUGGACUUCAUGGAGAUGGAGCGCAAGACGGACGUCACCGUGGAGCUGGUGGAGGAGCUGCAGCUGAAGACGAAGGAGUUCCUGCAGCCGAAUCCCACGGCACGAGCCAAAAUGGCAGCGGUCAAGGGCAUCUCGAAGCUGUCCGGGCAGGCCAAGUCCAAUACGUAUCCGCAACCGGAGGGCCUGCUCGCGGAAUGCAUGCUGACUUAUGGGAAGAAGCUCGGCGAGGACAACAGCGUGUUCGCGCAGGCGCUCGUCGAAUUCGGCGAAGCGCUGAAACAGAUGGCCGACGUCAAGUAUUCGCUGGACGACAACAUCAAGCAGAACUUUUUGGAGCCACUGCAUCAUAUGCAGACCAAAGACCUCAAGGAGGUAAUGCAUCAUCGCAAGAAGCUGCAGGGCCGGCGGCUUGACUUCGACUGCAAGCGUCGCCGGCAGGCCAAGGACGAUGAGAUUCGUGGUGCCGAGGACAAGUUCGGUGAAUCGCUUCAGCUGGCCCAGGUGGGCAUGUUCAAUCUGCUCGAGAACGAUACGGAGCACGUCUCCCAGCUGGUCACCUUUGCCGAGGCACUAUACGAUUUUCAUUCGCAGUGCGCGGAUGUCCUUCGAGGCCUGCAGGAGACACUGCAGGAGAAGCGCUCCGAGGCGGAGAGCCGGCCACGCAACGAGUUCGUGCCCAAGACGCUGCUCGAUCUGAACUUGGACGGCGGUGGCGGCGGCCUCAACGAAGAUGGCACGCCGUCUCACAUUAGUUCGAGCGCCUCGCCGUUGCCCUCGCCGAUGCGCUCGCCCGCCAAGUCGAUGGCCGUAACGCCGCAGCGCCAGCAGCAGCCCUGCUGCCAGGCCCUCUACGACUUCGAACCGGAGAAUCCCGGCGAACUGGCGUUCAAGGAGAACGACAUCAUCACCCUGUUGAAUCGCGUGGACGACAACUGGUUCGAGGGCGCGGUGAAUGGCCGCACUGGCUACUUCCCGCAGUCCUACGUUCAGGUGCAGGUGCCCCUGCCCAAUGGCAACUAGGCUGUUCCUGUAUUCCUCAUAUUGAUCCUGAUCCCGCACUCCCAUCCCUUAAUCUAUCCCAUCCUAUCAAACUGGCUGAAGACGUACGUAGAUCGCUGAUUGGAGAACAAUAACCUUAAUGUUGGUUUCGCCACAAGAGGCGCGAAAUUGGGCAGCCGAGCCGAUGCAGAAGCAGCAGCGGCAGCAGAAGCACAUAAAUGCAAAUAUAUAUAUAGUUGAAUUAGAUGAGCGGGUUACUACGAUUACAGAUAUUACGAUACGGCUUAGCUAGCACACAGCAGGCUAAAUUCAUGGUGGCCAUAGAGCAAGCUAACUAAAUUUUAUGUGCAAAAUUAUACCAGUUGGCAACACAAUAAUUAACAAAUUAACUACGAGUUAAAUUAAUGUACGUAUUAACUAACUAAAUUUACAAGAUGUUACGCGCGCAAUGCCACUUCCUUGCGUUUUUACUUUUGAUUCUCAAGCGUCAGCGUUGUUGUUCGUUGCAAGUGCGAACUUUUAGUGCUACUUCACACAAUAGAUCACGUAUUAGAACAGUUGGCCGGCGGCAUAAGCAAACAAAACACUCUAGCUAAUUAACUAAAUUACCCGUAAUCUUUAUCACCCACGGAUGCGCGUAUUUUUUGUCUUUCCACCUGAGUUUGUCUUACCUCCAAGUCUUCGACUUUUAUCCGGUCUCAUCGUUGUAAUUUAAACCUACCUAUGCCAAUGCGCUAUCUAUGCAAAGUCCCUUUAUAGGCUAACGCCACGUAUCCACAUCAUACGCCCACAUAUAUUUAUUAUAUACCCGAAAUACCUAUACCUACUCUACCUACGUAUAUUUGUGCAAAAACAAUACUCCCCACACUCUAUUCUAAAAGGCAUACGGAAAACCGUUCUUGAUGUUCGUUGUUCAAUGUAAAGAAUAAUUCAAUAUUUCAAGGAUGAAACAAGCGAAAUUUGUAUCCUACUUUUUGCUCCUUUUUAUGUGUGUUGUUUUUUUGUUAAUUAUAUACAUAACAACUAUAUAUAUAUAUAUUAAAUGAAAUCAAAUAUAUGUAUAAAUAUAUUUAUUAAGCGUA